AAAACUUUAACUUUUUGAAAUUUUUUGGAAAUAAAAUUAUUUUUAAGUUCAACUGUCAAAGUCAUGUCUAAGAAAGUCAAGCGUAAAACUAAUCGAAAGAAGAAAAGUAAUCGAAAAGCGGAUAUACAGUCCUUUAAAAAGGAAGUAGAAACAGAUAACCAUAAGAUACCACUUGAAGAUUUAUUGAAGCGUUUAGGAACUGACCCGCACCUGGGACUUUCGCAUUCGGCAGCAAAAUUACGGCUUGAAUUGGAUGGUCCUAAUAUGUUAACGCCAAUACCUAAAACACCUCAGUGCAUAAUUUUUAUAAGAAAUAUGUUUGGUGGUUUCGCUAUAUUACUCUGGUCUGGUUCGAUUCUUUGCUUUGUAGCAUAUAUUAUUCAAAUAACAACAGAGCCCGAGCCAGUUGAUGAUAAUUUGUACUUGGGCACUGCCUUGCUUGUAGUGGUGGUUAUUACAGGAUUAUUUUCAUACUUUCAAGAGCACAAAUCGUCUGCAAUUAUGGACUCUUUCAAAAAUCUUGUACCGCAAUUUGCAACAGUAAUACGGGAAGGAGAAAUAAAUACUGUAACCGCUGAAGAUCUCGUAGUCGGUGAUAUUGUAGAAGUGAAAUUUGGUGACCGUGUGCCAGCUGAUAUUCGUAUUUUAGAAGCUCACAGCUUGAAGGUUGACAACUCAUCAUUAACAGGUGAAUCAGAACCUCAAAUAAGAACCACUGAGUUUUCACAUGAGAAUCCCUUGGAAACAAAAAACUUGGCAUUUUUUUCAACUAACGUGCUUGAGGGUAAUUGUCGUGGAGUUGUAAUUGCAACUGGUGACAGAACAGUGAUGGGACGAAUCGCUAAUCUAACUGCAGGAUUGGACCAAGUACAAUCACCAAUAUCUAAAGAGAUAGAACAUUUCAUACGCAUAAUUACAGUAUUUGCGGUUGUUUUAGGGUGUACAUUUUUUAUAAUUGCUAUGAUUCUUGGAUAUACCUUUCUUGAUGCAGCAAUAUUUCUCAUUGGAAUUAUUGUAGCUAACGUACCCGAAGGACUACUGGCUACCGUGACAGUAUGCUUGACGCUUACUGCGAAGCGAAUGGCUCAUAGAAAUUGCCUUGUUAAAAAUUUAGAAGCUGUCGAAACACUUGGUUCAACGUCCACAAUUUGUUCUGAUAAGACUGGCACAUUAACUCAAAACCGUAUGACAGUAGCUCACUUAUGGUACGACCAAUCGAUCGUGGAAUCUAAUACAACUGAAUCAUUUAAGGGAACGGAAUUUAAUUUAGAGGAUAGGUCAUUUAAUGCACUUUUAUUAUGUGCAGCGUUGUGUAACUCUGCUGAAUUCAAAGGUGGUCAAGAUGAUGUUAAAACUUUGCAAAAAGAGAUUAACGGUACAGCUUCUGAGGCAGCUCUCCUUAAAUUUGCAGACAUUGUUUAUGGUACCGUUGGAACGGUACGUCGAACACACUAUAAAAUUACCGAAAUACCUUUUAACUCCACUGAUAAAUUCCAAGUAUCGGUCCAUUCCUAUAUUACUAGUGAUUCUUAUUUUAUAGUAGAAAUGAAAGGGGCACCAGAGCGCAUUUUAGACCGAUGCAAUAUGAUUAUAAUUCAUGGUGAAACGACAUUACUAACCUCUACCUUGAGAGAAAAAUUCGAAGAGGCAUAUAUGGAUAUGGGGGGAAUGGGUGAACGAGUGCUUGGAUUCGCCGAUUUAAUUUUGCCGAAAGACCAGUAUCCUCAGUUAUAUGAAUUUAGCUCUGAGCCACCCAAUUAUCCAUUAGAAAAUCUUAGAUUUCUUGGGUUGAUUUCAAUGAUUGAUCCACCCCGUGCUACUGUUCCUGAUGCUGUUGCUAAAUGUCGCACGGCAGGUGUUCGGGUUAUCAUGGUUACAGGAGACCAUCCAAUAACAGCGAAAUCUAUCGCUCGCAGUGUGGGAAUAAUAACUAAUCCCACACUAGAGGAUAUAGCUACGACUCGUGGUAUUCCAAUAGAUGAAGUGGAUCCUCGUCAAGCCACUGCCAUUGUUAUCCAUGGCGGAGAAUUACGUGAAAUGAAAGCCGAAGAAUUGGAUUCUGUUAUCUGCUAUCAUAAAGAAAUUGUUUUUGCGCGAACGUCACCCCAGCAAAAAUUAAUUAUUGUAGAAGCUUGUCAGAGACGUGGUGAAAUCGUAGCUGUAACAGGUGAUGGUGUGAAUGACUCACCAGCACUAAAACGUGCAGAUAUAGGUGUCGCUAUGGGAAUUGCUGGUUCAGAUGUUUCCAAACAGGCUGCUGAUAUGAUUUUACUUGAUGAUAACUUUGCCUCUAUUAUAGUUGCUAUUGAAGAAGGUCGCCUAAUAUUUGAUAAUUUAAAGAAGUCUAUUGCUUACACUCUCACAUCAAAUCUUCCAGAGAUUACGCCAUUUUUGUUCUUCGUAAUGUUCGACAUACCCCUAGCUCUGGGUACAAUAGCUAUACUAUGUAUAGACAUCGGCACAGAUAUGUUACCUGCAAUAUCUCUUGCAUAUGAAAAAGCCGAAUCUGAUAUUAUGUGUCGCAUGCCUCGAGACCCUCAUGAAGAUCGCUUGGUGAACAAAAAGUAGAAACUUAUUUUUAUGGCAUAUCUUCAAAUUGGAGU